CAUAAUUGAAGAGGACGAACAAAAAAAAAAAAAAAGUGGAUUCUAAAAUUGAAAAUUGAAUGAAGCAACGAACGAUUCGAAUCUGUGUGUUUCGCGUUUGAUUGAUCCGGUGGAAGGAGGCGAUGACGUCGCCUGGAUCGAAGAAAGUUGUUACCGGCGAAGGAUCGGAGAAGAAUGUUUCCGGGAACCUCGGAAGAGUUAGUUUCACCGGAGAUGUUAAUGAUAGUGGAAGUAGUAGUCGUAGCAGCGGCGGCGGAGAAGGAGGAGGAGGAACCUUUGAGUGUUUUGGAUGGGUGUAUCAUUUGGGUGUGAAUAAGAUCGGUCAUGAGUACUGUAAUCUCCGUUUCCUUUUCAUUAGAGGCAAAUACGUUGAGAUGUAUAAAAGAGAUCCUCACGAGAACCCUGACAUUAAACCUAUAAGGCGUGGUGUUAUAGGGCCGACAAUGAUGGUUGAAGAGCUAGGACGUCGAAAAGUUAAUCAGGGGGAUGUGUACGUGAUAAGGUUCUAUAACCGGUUGGACGAGUCUAAAAAAGGAGAAAUUGCUUGUGCUACUGCUGGAGAAGCCUUGAAAUGGGUGGAGGCUUUUGAGGAAGCAAAACAGCAGGCGGAAUAUGCACUAUCGAGAGGCGGAAGCACAAGAACGAAGUUAAGCGUGGAGGCCAACAUCGAUCUGGAAGGACAUCGACCUAGAGUAAGGCGUUAUGCUUAUGGGUUAAAAAAGCUUAUCCGAAUUGGGCAAGGUCCAGAGACUCUUUUGAGGCAAUCCUCUACCUUGGUUAAUGAGGUCAGAGGUGAUGGUUUCUACGAGGGUGGUGACAAUGGAGAUGCAAUCGAGGCACAUAUGUGGAAAUGUGUACGUACAAUCAAUGGUGUUAGGAUUUUUGAAGAUGUGGCUAACUUCAAGGCUGGUCGAGGAGUUCUUGUGAAAGCAGUUGCUGUAGUUGAAGCUAGUGCAGAUUCUGUGUUCGAAGUGCUUUUGAAUAUUGACAAACAACAAAGAUACGAGUGGGAUGCAGUAACAGGUGAUUCAGAAAAGAUAGACUCAUACGAGGGCCACUAUGAUGUUAUUUACUGUGUAUACGAUCCUAAAUAUCUUUCACGUAUCUUCUGCAGAUGGCAAUCGAAGAGAGACUUUAUCUUCUCUAGACAGUGGGUUCGUGGGCAAGACGGAACAUAUACAAUCUUACAAUUUCCAGCAGUACAUAAGAAACGGCCUCCAAAGUCUGGAUAUCGACGAACAGAUAUUACACCAUCCACUUGGGAAAUCAGAAGCUUAAAAAAGCGCAGCGAUGCAGAGACUGCAAGUUGUCUUGUCACACAUAUGCUAGAAAUCCACUCUAAACGUUGGUGCAAAUGGAAGAGAACUAGCUACUCAAAGUUUGAAAAGACUAUUCCAUAUGCAUUACUUCUCCAAGUAGCAGGUCUGAAGGAGUACAUUGGAGCAAACCCAGCCUUCAAGUAUGAAACUUCUGCAACGGUUAUAGAGUCCAAGUUACCAGAUGUCUCCAAUGGUGAAUAUGUAGAUGAGGAAAUGGAGGAGCAGUUUUAUGAUGCCACAGACUCAUCAUCUGAUGAAGAGGAAAGCGAUGAAGAUGAUGACGAGCAGGACAAUAAGGAGAUAAAAGUAAAACUGAAGAAUGUUUCAUGGGCAAUUGCUAGUUUAUCUUUGAAGCGGCCUAAAGCUCCAGGCGCAAGUAAUGUAUUAGACGCUAGUGUUGGUCCUGUGACUAUCGACCCAAGUCAGUUCCAAGGAUCCCUGCGCAAAGGAAAUGGUGAUAAGGACUCAAAUUGCUGGAACUCUCCUAGUGGCAUGGGGUUUAUGAUUAGGGGAAAGACCUACCUAAAAGAUAAUGCAAAGGUGAUGGGCGGGGAGCCCCUUCUGACACUUGUAUCCGUGGACUGGUUUAAAGUUGAUAAAGCUGUAGACAACAUCGCCCUGCAUCCGAAAUGUCUUGUCCAGUCAGACGCUGGGAAAAAGCUGCCAUUCAUUCUAGUCAUCAAUCUUCAGGUACCAGCAAAGCCUAACUAUUGUCUGGUACUCUACUAUGCUGCGGAUCGACCUGUAAACAAGUCUUCAUCCCUGGGAAAAUUUGUGGACGGGAGUGACAGUUACCGUGACGCAAGAUUUAAGCUAAUUCCAAGUAUUGUUCAGGGAUAUUGGAUGGUCAAGCGUGCUGUUGGAACAAAAGCCUGCUUGCUCGGUAAAGCUGUAACCUGCAAGUACCUGAGGCAGGAUAAUUUUUUGGAGAUUGAUGUAGAUAUUGGAUCAUCGGCUGUCGCGAGGAGCGUUAUUGGUCUGGUCCUUGGUUAUGUCACAAGCCUCAUUGUUGAUCUUGCCAUCUUGAUCGAGGGAAAGGAGGAAACCGAUCUGCCAGAGUAUAUCCUUGGGACAGUUCGACUUAACCGAAUAGAGCUGGACUCAGCCGUAUCAUUGGAGGGUUGAAAUAUGAUCGAGGAAUAAAGAUUUGUUGGAUUGCGACAAUCACAUUGCCUUUCUUAAACUCAUUGAUUCAAUUACUGCAGGUAUGAGAACAGACAAUGCCAACUAAAAACAUAUGUCUUGUCAUGGAUUGCGACUUGUUUAAAUCGAGACAAAAAGAGAUCAAUAAUGAAAGAUUGAACUUCAAAAAAGUUCUUCUUUUCUUUCA